AUGGAUUUUCAGAAUUCCAAGCAUCUGCUGGCCGCAGUACAGAAGAUGCGAACGGAAUACCUCAAGACCGCUCGUACCACUGCUAUCUCAGUUCAGCAAAACGCUACCUGCCGUGAUGACCCCGUCAAGGGUCCUCUCUGGGUCAGCAAGUUCUCUAUUCCCAGCCCGACAGAAGAUACAUCUCGCGACCUUCUCCUGCAACUGGUCGACGAGGCCAACGAACACUCUGUCCGCUACGACCGCCCGUCAUCUGCUCCACUUGACUUUGAGUGGGUGGGUUUCAGAAAUCAGGUUCAAAAGGAUACACCAGAGCCAGCUAUUGGGGAGAAUGAAAAGUUUCUGGAAUUGUCGAAGGAGACCAAGAGCCCAUUGACUAUUCUCUAUGUUUAUGGAGGCUCUUUUGUCUUGAACUCUCCUUCUAGUUAUCGAAAGACAGCUGCCGCCUUGUCCCAGACUACAGGUGCUAAGGUACUACUUGUCCGACAACGACUAGCACCUCAGAAUCCCUUCCCAGCAGCUCUAUUAGAUAUAUUCCAAGCAUACUUGACCCUUCUCAUCCCUCCCACGGGCAGUCCGCAUAAGCCCAUUCCCCCUUCCUCAAUUGUGAUUGCUGGUGAUAGUUCAGGCGCUACUCUUGCCCUAGGCCUUCUCCAGGUCUUACUCCGAUUACAGCGUCGGGGAGCAAGUAUCACCUUUCAUGGUGCUGCGGUACCAGCGAAAGGUAGCAUUCCUGCUGGGAUAUCCCUACUCAGCCCAGCAGCGGACUUGAGCAAUGCCUUUCCAUCGUUUGAAAGCAAUGCCAAAAGUGACAUAUUCCCUGUCCCCAUUGAGAAGCUUCCUUAUCUGGAGAAAAGCUUUCCCACGUGUUCAGUUUGGCCAACACGACCACCCCGCGCUAAUCUCUACUGUGACGCCGGCAUGCUUGCCCAUCCACUAGCGAGUCCCGCCGCCGCUAGUGCAGACGACUGGGCGGGCAUGUGUCCGAUCUGGAUGGGUUCGGGUCAAGAGCAGACUGUUGACGCAUCACGGUUAGUGGCGCGGGAGAUCCACCGGGCCGGCGGGUCAGUUACAUUGCAGGAAUACGAAGGCAUGCCCCACACUUUUUUCUGGGUCUUUCGGUCGGCCCCGCAGACGAAGAAAAUCCUGAAAGACUGGGCGCAAGCGAUCGUUGAUUUCGGGCAGGGCGGCAAGCGACCGCUGUCAAGUGCACAAUUCAUCAAGGCAAAGGGUCUAGUAGCAGAGCCACUGCAGAUUGAUAGCCUAGUGCCUUUUACAGUGAAGGAAGCGCGGGAGAUGAUGUACAAGAAGACAGCAGGCUAUAAGGUGCCAGCGUUUCACCGGGAGGGAUACGUAUCCAAUUUGUAG